AAGUGACAGCAAGUAGGGUUAGAGGCUAAAAUGAAUAAAAAAACCGUAUGAAAAAAAAGUUUGCAAGCUUUAUGAAUCGCACUUUUGGGGCUUUUGUGAGAAGAUCUGUUUCGCCCAAAAAGCAAGCAAACGGAUUACCGCCAUGCUUCCAGGCUACAGCCCAGUGGUCCAGGCCUUGCUGGGGACACUCUUUACCUGGGGCCUGACAGCUGCUGGGGCUGCCUUGGUCUUCAUCUUUUCUAGCAGACAGAAGCGGAUCUUGGAUGGAAGUCUGGGCUUUGCAGCAGGGGUAAUGUUGGCAGCCUCUUAUUGGUCCUUGCUGGCCCCUGCAAUUGAAAUGGCGGAGGAGUCUGGGAAGUACGGAGCGUUUGCAUUCCUCCCCGUUGCCGUGGGUUUCGCCCUCGGCGCUGCAUUUGUGUACUUUGCUGACCUCAUGAUGCCUGUUUUGGGAGUCGGGACGGAUCCUCAUGUGGCGCUGGCCCUACCGCUCGAUGCCAAACUGGCCAAAGAGAAGAAAGAAGACGUUGGAGGCCCGCUCACCGAGGCGGAGGAGUUAUCCAUUAGGAUAGGUAGAGCAGGACCUCGUUCAGAUAAAAUAGAGAAUGGAGACGUGUACCAAAGACGGAAAGGAACCAACCCUGGUUCUUUAGAAGGACCGGAAAUAAGCUCCAGGCCUCAUGAAGAAACAGGGCAGAGUGGGAGCAGCUGGAGACGCGUCGUUCUCCUCAUCCUAGCCAUCACCAUCCAUAACAUUCCUGAGGGUCUUGCGGUAGGAGUGGGUUUUGGGGCUGCUGGGAAGACCUCUUCAGCUACGUUCGAGAGUGCUAGAAAUUUGGCUAUAGGCAUUGGGAUCCAGAAUUUUCCGGAGGGCCUCGCUGUAAGCUUGCCGUUGCGUGGUUCUGGAGUAUCCACAUGGCGAGCCUUCUGGUAUGGUCAGCUCAGUGGAAUGGUGGAGCCAAUGGCUGGGUUGCUAGGCGCCGUUGCCGUGGUGCUCGCGGAGCCGUUGCUACCUUAUGCUCUUGCCUUUGCAGCCGGUGCCAUGGUGUACGUGGUUGUUGAUGACAUCAUUCCUGAGGCUCAAGUUGGUGGGAAUGGCAAACUGGCAUCCUGGACCUCCAUCUUGGGCUUCAUUGUGAUGAUGUCACUGGACGUUGGCCUUGGAUGAUACACAUCCUAUUGGCUGAAACUUAAAUGACACAGAAUGUCAAUAUCUGCUUUCGGCAAAAAAAAAAGGGACCAAAACUGCCUUUCACCUGAAAGUGUGGCUUUGUUUAAUGCAGUAGGGCUUUUUGUUUUGUUUUUUUGGAAGUGGGAUGCUAUGUUUAGAUUUGUUUUAU